AUGAGCGAGGUGGUCAAGGCCGGCGUGUUGGAGGUAACGGUGGUGCAGGCUACCGGGGUCGACCUUCUUGUGGCAACGUCCACCCUGUCUCGAACGCUUGCGGAGGCCUUGGUCGGAAGGGGCGGAGGGUCAGGGGCGUCCUGCAGACAAGAAAGGGCCUCCUCUUCGUCUGGGUUGAAGGGCACGGCAGCCGCGGGCGGACGUCCCAAGCAAGCGGCUGCCGUUCUUUUUCCGAAAGAGGAGAAGAACCAAUCUCCAACACUGCCUCCAGAGAGGCAUGAGGACAACAGCAGCGUGCUAGAUGAGGGCGAUGCCGAUGCCGAUGCCGCUGGCCGGCCGCGGCUCGACGUCGCCCCCUCUCACUCGGCCACCGGCGAUGAAGGGGCUAUUAUCUCGGCACAAGAAGCUAGCGCCGACGCGGGUACCGGUGCUGAUGCCGCCGACGCGGUCCCCGGCCCGAGCUCUACCGCCGGUGCUACCACCGGUACCCCUGAAGAAAGCGCGGGGUGCUUGCCGGGCGGAGGCGUGUUUGGGAGCUGGCGGCGACGCCGCCGAGGCAGCAGGCAGCGGCGUUCAUCCGACGGCGGGCUUGCUAGCACCGGUGGCAGCCCCGGGGCUGGUGGGGGUGGGGUAGGUGGCGGCAGCGGGCCCGACAAGAUGAGCAACAACAGCUCCGGAAGCAAGUCUUGGCGCAGCGGCGGCGGCGGCGGCAGCAGCGGCGGGUUGGCAGGAAGGAACCGGAGCACGAGGGAGGGGGGCGGCGGGGUCUCGUCGUUGGCCGGGAAGGCGGUGGCGGCGGCGGCAGGAAAGAAGGCGAACAAACCGGCCGCGACAGCGUUGACCCUGGAAGAGGUCGAGAUGCUCGCCACCAACGAUUGGGGUGAGGGGUACGCGAACGGUUCGGCGAGAGAUAUCUGGAAAGAGUUGACCCAUGUCGGGGGCGGUGGCGGCGGCGGGAAUGGGGGGAAGGGCAAGGGCACUGGGGCCGGCGGGAGCAGGCUUGGGCCGGCGGUGCGCCUGCGCCUACGGUUUAUCCCGCUCUGGGACUGCCUGGCGGAUGGGGCAGGCAUGAACGGUCUGGGGGCUCUGCACGCGGCUGCCAGAGACGGAGACGCCAGGCUGGUGGCUUCCCUGGCACGCCUGUGGCAGAAGCUGAGCCCCGGGUCGCAAGUGUUGUCCCUGCCCUGCCGACGGGGGCUGACUCCAAUCCAGCACUGCAUCGAAGCCGGGAAGGAGAAUGCGCUCAGGGAGCUCUUGCGGGGGAUAGCGAGGGAUUCCGUUCGGGGCGGAGGGCCGGAGGGGAAGGACAGUCCGCUUCACACCGCUGUCAAGGCUGGCGAGGAGGGAAUGUUGAAGAUGCUGCUUGCGCAAUCGAGAAGGAACGAGAUCCCCUCGAGGGUAUUGAACGCUCUGAGGUUUGGCCUGGCUACCCCGCCGAAUACCAUGGUGGACUCGCUUGGGAGUGACGGCCUUACCCCGCUGGCGCUGGCGGCUAUAUACGGGAACGAGUCGAUGGUGAGAUGCCUGCUGGAAGAGGGGGCCAAUGCUGCUUUGGUUGAUGCAAGGGGCAUGACCCCAAUCGCUCACGCCUCUAGGGGGGGACACCUCCUGGCCGUCAGGGCUCUGCUCAAGGCCAAAUCCACCGGCGGCACCGGAAGUGGUGUGGCGGGUUUAAGUCGGAGCCGUCUGGCCCGGAUGGCGUGCGCUCCGUGCAAGACUAACGAAGACGGCAUGGGGCCAAUCGCUCUAGCGGCGGCUAGCGGGUCGGCCCAGGUGGUCUCGGAACUCGUACGGGCAGACAUCCCGUACCGUACCAGGGACCGGGAUGGAAGGACGCCGUUGCACCUCGCCGCGAUGUCCGGGCACGUCCCGGUGCUGCGCGUUCUGGUGGAGGAGAUGCGCAAGGAUAACAACAAGGGUGGGACCGCCGGAGGAGGCGGCGGGAGGGGCGGGGAUGGCAAGGACGUGCUGCCGCCGGGAGAUAACACCCUCAUGAUGGACGGAGGGCCAUUCAAACUGCGCAACCUCGACCUCUACGGUCGGACAGCCCACGCAACGGCGCUUCUCCACAACCACCCCCAAGCCGCCGCGUUCUUGGAAGCCGCGGAAGCGGAACUUGAGCCCCACAAACGGCUCGGCAACAGCAUGCGGAGGGGAUCGGGCGCCAGCGUCCCCGCGGGGAAGGGCGGGCACCCCCCCCGGGCAUUUGCCGCCUCUCCGAUAUUGAGGCUGACGCACGGGUCCGGCUCUGGCUCGGCGCCAGAGUCGGGGGCGUCGGGGAGACCUUCUCCCAUAUCGUCGGGGGGGUUGGAGUCCGGGGGCUCCGUGCUUGAUUCUUGCAACUCGUACGAGUACAUCGAGAGCGAUCAGGAGUAA